CGGCUCAGCGCCGGUCAAGCUGCCCCGCGGCCCGCAGCCCUUCGGCCAGGCUAUGCGCUGCAGGCGGGCUCCGCUCAAGAAAAAAACAGAGCGGAUCGUGAAAAGGUAGAGGCGCCCGGCGAGGCCCCGUCAGCGGGGAGGCGGCACUGAGCGGCGGCGCGGAGCGGCGGCGGGGCUCCGGAGAGCGGCAGCCGAGGCUGAGCGGAGCCGCGCGGAGAGGCGGUGUCGGAGUCGGAGCGUCCCGGCGGCGGACGGGAGCAUGUGAGAGCGCGGCCGCGAUGCUGCGACGCGCGGAGCCGGCGGCGUGGAGCGGAGCGCGGCGGCCCCGCUGGGCG